AUGGAGACUACUACCUUUUCCAACGAAUCGCUCAUCAACGCGGCUACGGACCGCCAAGAAGUCGGCCAAACCCCUUGGUACUAUGUGCUCGGGACAUGCGUACCACUUGCCAUUCUCGUGCUGUUCUGGAUGAGAGACCAUGGCACCAAGCUCCCGUAUCUCAAUCCCAAAGGACGGUUCGAGUGGUCCUCGGACAGGGUUGUUCGGGAGUUCGUAUUCAAUUCCUACCGAAUGCUGUAUUCAUCUGCAAAGGACUUCCUCGGCAAGCCUUUCCGUGUGCUGUGUGAUGUUGGAGAUGUCAUUAUCCUGCCACCUGAUGUUGGCCAGGAGAUUCGGAACGACAAGCGCUUUAGCUUCGUUCAAGGCCUAUUCGAGGUGCGUCUUCGAAGGGGGGAUAACAGGGGAUUCGAUUGCUCGACGAGAAAACGUUUACUAACAUACAUGACUAAGGACUUCCAAGGACAAUAUGCGGGCUUCGAGGCUUACAAGGAAGCCUGCCAUCCUUCCGAACGUAUUCAGAAUGUGGUCAAACUAAGGCUAACCAAGACCCUUGGUAGGAUUUCGGGCAUUCUUUCGCAGGAAGUUGAAGAAAGCCUACAGGACACGCUAGGUGAUUCGACUGAAUGGCAUGACACGGUGGCCAAACAUGAAAUCCUCAAGAUUGUGUCCCGGAUGUCAUCCCGGAUCUUUGUAGGGAAACGGCUAGGACGCAACGAGAAAUGGCUGAGCACCAUCGUAGGCUAUGUCGAGCUCAGCGUCCACGCGAUGCAGAACCUCCGCUUCUGGCCUAAGUUCCUUCGAGGCAUCGUGGUGUACUUCCUCCCCGGACCCACAAAGCUGCGCGCGUACAUCAGAGACGCCGAGACUCAAGUCUUUGCGGAGAUCAAGCACCGUCAACAGGAAGGGGACUCUGUCGAGGAGUACAACGAUGCCAUCGAGUGGUUCAAGGAGAUGGCCAAGGGGCAGAAGUUCAACCCAGCUGUCGCACAGUUGAUUCUGGCUGGCGUGGCGAUCCACACCACGGCGGACCUAGUUACCCAGACUCUCUACGACAUUCUUCAGCACCCUGAGCUUAUUCAACCUCUUCGAGAAGAAGCAAUUCAAGUCAUUGGCGAAGGAGGAUGGAAGAAGACGUCGCUGUACAACAUGAAGCUCAUGGACAGUGUUCUCAAGGAGAGUCAGCGACUGAAGCCGAAUCAGAUUGUGGGAAUGGCCCGUCGCGCCACAGCAGACGUCCAGCUCUCCGAUGGAACGGUUAUCAGCCGCGGCAGCGCGACUGUUGUCUCAGCCGAACGCAUGUGGGAUGACAAAAUCUACGAGAACCCGCACGUCUUCGACGGCUAUCGAUUCUACCGUGAGCGCGGCGGCCCCAACGACGCAGUCAGCCAGUUUGUCAGCACCAGCGUGAACCACAUGGGUUUCGGUCACGGCAUGCACUCCUGCCCGGGCCGCUUCUUCGCGGGAAAUGAGGCCAAGGUUCUGCUUGCUCAUAUGCUUCUGAAGUACGACAUCAAAUUCGUCGAGGGACAGAAGCCGAAGUUUGCAGAGUUUGGGUUCACGCGCGAAUCGGACUCGGAUGUCAAGAUCUCGGUUCGUCGACGCAAGGAGGAAAUUGAUCUCUCCGUUCGGGUUGAGGAGGAAUAG